AGCACAAAUAGCAAGACUUGUAUUAGCCACUGUGAUAUUCCCAAAAGAUUAGUAAUAAAUUCGUUCGACAACAAUGUUCGAAUAGUAGCGAAGUGCUUGGCUAAGAGACAACAUCUACAUGAGCCAAUCUUCGCACGAAAAAUUAUCUUCCGCACUAUUUGUAAUGCUGAGUAGAAAGCAAAAGUUUACUCUGUGAUCUCCGAUAGACAAUGUCUAGUUAACCCCGAAAAUGUGCUUGUUGACUUACUUUACGUGAUAUUGCAUAAUCUUUAAUUCGUUUGUUGAUAAAGUGAUAAAAUGGGUUACAUUUUAUUCUGUGUCUAAUCGCUAGUUGACUAAGUGCCGCGACGUGGAUAAAUGAGAAUUAUAAGUGUGAUUCUCAUAAUUAUUGAUGGAUUUCAUCAUCGGAGGGCUGUCAGCCACUUGCGCUGGAGUAUUCACGAAUCCUUUUGAUGUGAUAAAAACAAGGCAGCAGUUGCAGGGUGAAUUGCAAAAAAUUAGCACGAGCACGAAGCUUCCGUAUACCGGCUUAUGGCAGUCGAUGAAAUCAAUUGUUCGUUCCGAUGGAAUUACUGGGUUACAAAAAGGAUUAGGCCCGGCACUGGCGUUCCAGUUCGCAAUGAAUAGCACCCGCCUGGGCAUCUUCGAAACAGUGGAUAAUAGUUUACAUUGGACGAAAUUUCAUAAGGACAGCCCCAGAUCGCCGGUGUUAUGUAUAUUCUGGGGAGCGGUUUCUGGUGCAGUAUCAUCGUUGAUAAGCAGUCCUUUAUAUCUAAUCAAAACACAAAUUCAAUCUCAAACUACUGGACAAUAUGCGGUUGGCUAUCAGCAUAACCACAAAGGCACUGUGGAUGGAUUGUGGAAGAUUUUCAAUUUAUAUGGUUUCAGAGGAUUAUGGAAAGGAAGUGCAGCAAUGAUACCGAGAACAGCUGCAGGCUCAGCGGCACAGCUGUCGACAUUUACCAAAUCCAAAGAUUUUCUCUGUCAAUACGAAAUAUUCCGUUCAUCCGUUUUUCUUACUGCGGUAUCUGCGAGUAUUAUUAGUGGAUUUUUUGUAAGCAUAGUAAUGACUCCGUUCGAUGUUGUUGCCACUCGAAUAUUUAACCAAGGUAUCGAUAAAAACGGUAAAGGUAUUCUUUAUCGUGGAAUAACCGAUUGCUUCGUGAAAACUUUGAAAAUCGAAGGAGUGCGUGGCCUGUACAAAGGAUUUAUUUCGAAUUUUUGCCGUGUAGCUCCGCAUACAGUUUUGAAUCUCACUUUUUGGGAGCAGUUAAAAAAAGUGCGAGAUGUCCAUUUUUCAAAAACGGAUGCAUAAUAAUUACUCAUUUGUAUUAAUAAAAGUAUGUAUUAAUUUGUA